GGAUUACAAAGAAAAAUGCAUGGUGCCUACAGUGAAUCAUGGUGGUGGCAGUGUCCUUCUGUAGAGCUGCAUGAGUUCUGCUGGUGUCAGGGAGCUGAAUUUCAUUGAUGAUAUCAUGAAUUUACAGAUGUUCUGCUCUAUAUUAAAAGAGAAGAUGCUACCAUCACUCCGUGCCCUUGGUCGUCAUGCACUUUUCCAACAUGACAAUGAUCCAAAACACACACCUAUGGCCACUGUUGCAUUUCUGAAUAACAGGGUGAAAGUGAUUCAGUGGCCAAGUAUGUCUCCUGAUCUGAACCCAAUUGAACACCCAUGGGGAAUUCUG